UUCAUAGAGAGAAGUUAGAGAGAAAACUAGGCUAACGAUCAGAGAGAGAGGGGGGGAGGAGAGAGAAGUUAGAGAGAGAAAGUAAAGUAGAGAGAGAGAAAGAGAUGGAGGGAGCCAUAUGUUUAGGACUGUUCCAUACAUAUGUGUGUGUAAAUUUAUUCGUUCAUGCAUAUAUAUAAUUGUGAGAUUCUAAUUUUUUUUAUUUCAUCUGAGCUCACCUGAGUGUUGCCGGAGUUCUUUGUGAUCUCACCGGGAAAUUUUAGCUGUCGUCAAUUUUCGACUCAUUUCCGACACUUCUUUGGUUAAAUUUGGAGCAAAUAUGGUGAAUUCCAUGGUUGAACGAGCCACGAGCGAUAUGCUCAUCGGUCCGGAUUGGGCUAUGAACUUAGAGAUCUGUGACAUGUGCAAUCAGGACCCUGGACAAGUGAAGGACGUUGUAAAAGGAAUAAAAAAGCGCCUUGGAAGUAAGAAUCCUAAAGUUCAACUUCUCGCCCUCACACUACUGGAGACCAUCAUAAAGAAUUGUGGGGACAUUGUCCAUAUGCAUGUAGCAGAGAGAGAAGUGCUUCAUGAGAUGGUGAAAAUAGUGAAGAAGAAGCCUGACUUUCACGUCAAAGAGAAGAUAUUGAUUCUAAUUGAUACUUGGCAAGAAGCUUUUGGGGGACCAAGGGCAAAAUACACACAAUACUUUGCAGCAUACCAGGAGUUAUUGCGUGCUGGGGCAGUUUUCCCUCAGAGAUCUGAAAGUUCUGCACCCGUAUUCACACCCCUGCAAACACAGCCUCUGACAUCAUACCCACAAAAUCUUCGUACUCCAGAAUAUCAGCAAGAAGCAGCCGAGUCAUCCGCAGAGGCUGAGGUUCCAUCUUUGAGUUUGACAGAGAUUCAGAAUGCACGUGGUAUAAUGGAUGUCCUCGCAGAAAUGCUGAAUGCACUGGAUCCCGGGAACAAGGAGGGGCUUAGACAGGAAGUUAUCGUUGACUUGGUGGAACAAUGCCGUACGUACAAGCGAAGAGUGGUACACCUUGUUAACUCGACUGCGGAUGAAUCACUCCUAUGUCAAGGAUUGUUACUGAAUGAUGACUUGCAGCGUCUACUAGCCAAGCAUGAAGCCAUUGCUUCAGGAACUCCUGUUCAAAAACAGAAACCGGAGCCUGAACCCACUCGAGCACUGGUUGUUGUUGAUGCUCCUCUAAUUGAUACGGGAGACAGCAAACAGCGGGAUAAGGGAUCUACAUCCAGUGCAGGUGCAGGGACACAGUUAUUGCUCACUGCUCCUCCUGCAACUAAUGGUCAAGCAAUAACUCCAAUAAAGGUCUAUCCUAAGAUAGACCUUCUGAGUGGAGAUGACUUUAACUCACCAAUGGCAGAGAAUUCGCUAGCUAUUGUUCCCAUGGGAGAACCCCAGACUGCCAGUCCUGCAUCUCAACAGAAUGCCCUUGCUCUUGUAGAUAUGUUUUCACAGAGUAACAAUACUCAGUCUGGCUCUCCAGUUGGACAAGCAUACCCUUCGACACCACAAUAUCAGCAACAGUCAAAUUUUCAAUCUCUGCAACCCUCAUUUUAUACAAAUGGAAGUGUCCCAAACAUGAUGCUACCUCAACAUGAGCAGUCACUAUACACACAAGGCGCUAAUCCUGCUUGGAAUGGCCAGAUAGCUCACCAGCAGCCACCGUCGCCGGUCUAUGGUGCUCAAAGCAGUGGGUCACUACCACCACCACCCUGGGAAGCUCAGCCAACUGACAAUAGUCAACUAGCUGGUACUCAAUUCCCUCAACCAAUGCAGGUCACUCAGGUGGUUGUCACGCACUCCCAGCCAAUGCUGAAUGGUUUACAUCCCGGAUCUCAGGCUAUGGGAAAUGGUCAGGUGGUGGGAAUGUAUGUACAACCUAUCACAGGCGGCCAUUUGUCAGCUAGCAAUAACCCUGCUGUUCAGAGCAAUCCAAUGGUAGGCAUGCAUCCUCAACUAAUCCAGGGAGGGCAAUCAAUGGGCAUGUACCCACAGCAAAUGCAAUCUGGUCAAAUUGCUUUUAUGCAUGCUCAACAGAUGUAUAACAACCAAAUGAUGGGCUAUGGCUAUGGUCAGCAACAAAAUGCUCAGUUCCUCAACCAGAGAAUGUCUGGGCUAUCCGUUAGGGAUGACAAUGCCUUUGGGAAUUCUUCCUACCAGGCUUCUGCUCUGUCCUAUGUGCCUCCUGGAAAGCCCUCAAAACCAGAGGAUAAGCUAUUUGGAGAUCUUGUCGACAUUGCAAAACUUAAGCAAACAAAAACAACUCCUGGCAGAGCUGGAAGCAUGUGAAAUAGAUACUGUUUUUCACUCAUUUUCCUGUUUACGCACUUGCUUUCUUCUUUUUCUGUUUUUCUUUCUCCAGGUUUUCAUCAUACAUAUAUUCACUUUUAGCCCAGUGGUUGUGCUGCUUGUUUUUUGCAUUGAAUUAUGUACAUACAUUGUAGAAAAAAGAGUCGAUUUGAAGACUUAUUUGGCCUUAGGUCGAAUUUAUAAGAUUUUGUUUUGCUUC